AGCAACACCGUUUUCUCGGUAGAGGUGAGCAAAGCGAAGCUCUCUGUGUCGGUAGUGCUGAUAUUAGCGCCAGACCGCUUCAGCCGUGCUGUCAUGAAGACGUAGGAGUUCAGCAUGAGAAGAUCUUCAAAUCUAGCUUUUUCUGGAAGAAAGGUGUCAGUGGACCUGCAACAGGCGGUUCCGAAUAAGUGACAGUUAUUUUCCCCUGAACGGAUCAAGAAGGUUGGACCUGAUAAGGAGGAGUCCAUGGCACGAUGCAGGUGCAGUGGAAGGGCCCUGUGCCUGUGUCUUCUUCCAUUUCUGAUGAUGAGCCAUCUCUUGGUGUACAUCAUGGUGUCCAUAUUUGUUGCCAUGUCCUACACUCCAGAACCUCAGCUGCCUCGUCAUUAUGUGGCCCCUGGAGUGUCAUCAAACUCUGGAGCUUUAGCACCCCAUCCACUUGCCACCUUCUGGAACCUGCGCUUGGUGGAGGGGGCUUUAUGGAACCGACUCCAGCAUCUCCAAGACAGAGAGCACAAUCCCAUAUUGAAAGGUAACAGCACAGGGGAUAGGGGUCCAAGCACUGACCCUAAUUACAUGCAUGAGACUGAGGCUGAUGGUUCUACUCCAUGUAGUCCUGAUCAUCUCUGGGCAUCUCAACUGCCUGAUUUUAACACUAUGCCUGAGCAGAUGCAGGACUUUGUCUUGUCCAUGCACUGCAGACACUAUAGCCUCCUGAUAGAUCAGCCUGGCCUGUGUGCUGAGCAAGAUGCUGAAACAGAGACACUGAUGCUACUUAUGGCAAUCAAGUCUCAAGUAGGGCACUUUGAGAACAGGCAGGCUAUCAGGGAGACAUGGGGGAGGAGUGGCUUGGUAAAGGAGGAGGCAGGGGGGAAAAGGUGGCAGGUACGCACCAUCUUUUUGCUCGGUAGGCAAGAUGGAACAACAGGCCCCCACCCAGACCUGGUGGCACUGCUAAAGCUGGAAAGCGACCAUCAUAAAGACAUCCUGCAGUGGGACUUCAGAGACACUUUCUUCAACCUCACCUUGAAGGAUUUGCUCUUCUGGGACUGGCUCUCCAUGCACUGCCCACAUGCGCACUUCGUCUUCAAGGGAGAUGAUGAUGUCUUUGUCAGGACAGGUGCUCUAUUGGACUACUUGAAUGAACACAAAGCUCCUUCACAAGGGGAAAAUAACAGAAGCAAAGGAAAAGAGGAUUUUCUUGUGGGGGAUGUGAUUACCAAUGCUUGGCCCAGUCGCCAAGCAAACACUAAAUACUACAUACCCGAGAGUUUCUACAAAGGCGUGUACCCUGCAUAUGCAGGUGGAGGAGGAGUAGUUUACUCUGGCGCUCUGGCCUUGCGGCUUCAAGUAGUGUCUCGAUGGGUUAGUUUGUUCCCCAUUGAUGAUGUAUACCUGGGGAUGUGUCUUCAUAGACUGGGUAUAUCCCCUCUUCAUCACCCUGGGUUUUUGACGUUUGAUCUACCUGAGGCUGAGAGGGAAAAGCCAUGUGCUUAUCGCAGAGUGCUUCUGGUGCAUAAACGGAGCCCCAAAGAGAUGCUCACACUGUGGAAGGAACUAAAGGCUCCACUGCCUGAGUGUUAAUGCCGGCCCAUGGAAAAAGACUGAGAUUUUGACUUUAUACACCUGGUUUGUAUAAUCAGAGGCACUGCCUUUUUAAAAACAACACAGAUUUGAAUGUUUGCCAUCAGGUAUUUUCAUGUCAAUGGAGCAUGUUUUGUUUGCAUAAUAAAUCUUUCACUCUGCUGCCACUCAAUAGGCUGUAUGGAUGCUACAAAAGUCAUUAUGUAUGAAAAGUCUGUCAUUAGAUUAAUGUCAUUGCUCCACUUUUUGAGACUUGGGAUGCACAACAAUAUCAGAAUCUUAUGGUUCAAUGACAUAUCUGUUGUACUCUGGAACAGCACAACGAAUGACACCUAGCUACUGUGCAAACAUUUCUGCAUUUUUUCAUUUGACUGCAUUUCUAACAGAAAUAAAUGUUACGUUUCUCUGUAAUGUAAGUUCAGGUAGAUUUAGUCUUAGGUUUUACAUUUCAUUAAUAUUUAUGUUUCAGCUCAAACAGAUAUGCACAGAAAAAUAUUGCAUAUCAGCAUCAGCCCAGGAUUCCCAUAUUGGUGCAUUCCUAUUGCCAAUUCUUAUCAAGCCUUUGUUUGGCAUAUAUUCAAAAUUCAUUUUAUUAGUAUAUAGAUGUGUUAAUACAUCAAUGUACAAUAUGAUACAUUUCUUAAUAAUGUUGAUUAAUUCACUGUCACAAUGACAAUGUUUUAAUACAUUUUCAUUUUUUGUAUGGAUGUUGGUUUCAAGCAGCUUGAGUCUUAUUAUUUAUUUGAUUGCUUCUUAGUUCUUACUUGUGCACCAUAAGAGUUACUCUCUACUUUGUUUUCAAGGCCACAGGAAUGUAGCAUUCUUUUUCUGGGAACAGGUAAAUGUUGCUGAAACCUUAUCCAGGACCAAAACAGGAAUACUACAGCACUGCCAUAUUAUGCCAUAUAAUUUGCUCUGAGCAGCCCUAACCAACUGAGCCACUACUGCCUUACUGGUAUGUGUUUUGUUCAUACUGCACCAAA